AGAUCUAGCAGCAUGGCACGCAAGAUUGCGGUAACGGCGAUGGCGAUGGCGAUGGCGAUGGCGACAGCCGACGUCUCCUUCGCUUUCUCUCCUUCAGCUCGCUUCACUCCAAGCUCAUCCAGGAGCCCGUCCUGUGUCUCUACACCCUCUCUUCGCUCCGGUGCUACAUCGUUGAACAUGGCUACUGUCAAGGUCGUUGACAAAUCCGGAGGGCAAGUUGCGCAGCUGCAGUGUGACAGGGAAACGAUACUCCGAGAUGCCAUGCUCGCAGGGAAGGUGGACUUGUACUAUACCAUGAAAGGUAAACUUUUCAACUGUGGUGGAGGUGGCAACUGUGGGACGUGCAAGGUCGAUCUCGUAUCAGGAAAUCUCUCUCCUCGCACAGCUGCUGAGGAGAAGCUGCUCAAGGGAUGCCCCCCAUCCUUCCGCCUUGCGUGCCAGUCAUGCGUGAUGUCGGACGUCACCGUCAGGAACAAGCCGGAUGCCUAGACGCUGUUCCUGCUGUCUCUGAACGUGGACACGAUCCUACUGUCAACAUUGUCUCUUGUGGUCAAGUGCUGAUGAAACGUGUGGAACUUCCAUAUCUGUUUGGAAGCAAUAAAUGGGGGACGGCACCUGCCAGUCCCCUGCCAGUUCCUGUCAA